AGUUUUAACCGAUACAUAAAAAUAUCCAAAUUAUCCAUAUCUACCUCACACACCGCUUGCAUUUCCUUCUCACUCCUACCCAUUUUCUCUUCAAAACAAGAACCUAACCAAUGGCGUUUACGGUUUCUCUCGCAGGCCACAUCCAUGGAGCCACUCUAUGCAAAACCAACCUCCCACCUUCAUCUUCUCUAUGUAAACUAAGCUCCAGUAGCAAUGUAGUUGACAUGAGAUUAGUAUCUCGGCGUGGACAAAAAAAAGUUGGAUCUGGUCAUAGGUGUUUCCGAGUCCAUGCCCUUUUCGGAGGAGGAAAAAAAGAUAAUGAGGGUCAAGGUCAAGCAGGAAUGUUCGGAAACAUGCAAAAUCUGUUUGAGACUGUGAAGAAGGCGCAAGCAGUUGUCCAAACUGAAUCUAGCCGGAUACAGAAAGAACUUGCAGCAGCAGAGUUUGAUGGUUACUGUGAGGGCGAGUUAAUAAAGGUGACACUAUCAGGCAAUCAACAACCAGUACGAACACAAAUCACCGAGGCUGCUAUGGAAUUGGGAUCAGAAAAAGUUUCACUUUUAGUCACAGAGGCUUACAAGGAUGCGCACCAGAAGAGUGUCAAGGCCAUGAAGGAAAGGAUGAGUGAUCUUGCUCAGAGCUUGGGAAUGCCACCGGGUCUCGGUGAUGGGUUGAAAUGAUGACAUUGAAGAAUGAAACAUCAAUUUUGCAUUCAAAACCAUUUCAUGAAUUCAUAUUUUCUCUCCUUUACUCUGAUUAGCUAUUAUUAUCAAUCUUGUUUAUUCAGUUGUGUGGGGAUCACUUGAAAUACUUGAAAUGGUGCUGGACUUUCUAUUCCACCCUAUAUCUUUAGGUUUUAUUCCUGGCUUAUACAAUUCAAAGUUUGAUACUUUUUCUAAUGGAAGCUUUAAUAAGUGGUAUAAGCUUCCAAAUUGUAAUACUCAGAAAUGGUUUUUUUUAUAUAUUUAUUUAUCAAAUUUGCAAUAUUGUCCUUA